AUUAGUGCGCCGUCAUCACAAUAAUCAUUCUCAUUCUGCCACUCGUUAGAACCAGAACUGCAUAUGUACACUCUACUAGAUCUUGCAAAGAACAUGCCCCUUACAAACUGCCUUUCUGACACUGACACUUAAGCCUCGCCCCAUCCAAAGCCCAAGCGGUACCUGGUCGACAGAAUUCAUCUCGCUCCCAGCCAUCACGACGGUAGUUUGCGAACAGUACAUCCCACUGCUUUAUGAGUUCCCACCGCCGCUGACGCGCGCGCAUGGAGUCUGAAUCACGACACGCUUGUAGGAAAAUUAGCAGAGGGAAAGCAGGGCCGAACAGCGGGAGUGGCGGCAAAGGCAAGUUCGUGGGAUCGGGUGGGAGGGGGAUGGGGACGUCAGAGAUGUACCCGGUCGCAAUGCCUUCGUCUUCGUCGGCCACGGCCUUCAGUGUCUCGGCGUCUUCAUCAUCAUCACCGCUUCCUCUACCACCCUCUCCUCCAGACUUCCACCAUAUCGUCUUCGCUCCCGUCAUCACCAUCCUCGGUUUCGGUCUCGCUCCCUGGCGGGACAAAGUCCUCGUCCGCUUCCUCCUCCUCUGGGAAUUCCAUCUCCACGAACGUAGUUGGCGGUGGCGAUAGCGGAGGCAUCCAUGUCUGCAUUGCUUCGCAAGCGGCGUACCACUCCUCGCGAAGGGCUUGCAGAGGCACAAUCCAGCGCAAGGGGCUCGUCACGUCAGUCAUCGCCUGGCGUACGACGUAAAUAAGCGUGCUGCGAUCGAGCACACGGGCGUACAGAUUUUUGCACGUCGAUGCGAGUGCAAUUAUAUCCUCGAGCCGGAAGUGCCGGAGCAGGUCCGGGAAGAGCUCAUUUGGCAGCUUGCAGACGGACGCGAGGGGCUGCAGUGUGGCGUCAGAUGCCAGGGAUAUCGGAUUCGGCUCAUAGGGCCCAGGCUGAGGUGCGCGA